AUGAAAGUCUUCAUCUGCUUGCUGGCGCUGGGCGCAGUGGCCAAUGCGGGUUAUAUUGGCGGUGGUGGUGGUGGUGGCGGUGGUGGACAUGGACAUGGUGACUCCGGCGGUGGUGGAGGCGGUGGCGGUUGGGCCGCUGGCGGCGGUGGUGGCGGCUAUGGCGGUGGUGGCGGCUAUGGCGGUGGCGGCGGCGGUGGUGGCUAUGGAGGCGGAGGCGGUGGUGGCUAUGGAGGCGGCGGCGAUAGUGGCUAUGGAGGCGGCGGCGGUGGUGGCUAUGGCGGUGGUGACUCGAGCGGCGGCCAUGGCGGCUCUCAAGGCCAAGAUGACAAGAUCAUCAAGAUUAUCUCACAACAGCCUUCUGAUGGUGGCUAUGGAGGUGGUGGCUGGGCGUCAGGCGGUGGUGGCGGCGGCGGCUAUGGCGGUGGUGGUGGCGGCGGCGGUUAUGGCGGCGGCGGCGGCUAUGGCGGCGGCGGUGGCUCUGCUGGCUGGUCCGCUGGCGGCUCAGGAUCUUCGGGCUGGUCUUCGGGUGGUGGCGAUGCCACAACUGCUGUCAAAAUCAUCAAAAUCAUCUCGGAAAGCGCCCCAAGUGCUGGUGAUGCAUCUGGCUGGUCAGCUGGAGGUGGUGGUGCUUCCGGCGGUGGUUGGUCCUCGGGCGGUCCCUCAAGCGGUGGCUGGUCUUCAGGCGGUGCUUCCAGCGGCGGUUGGUCAUCGGGUGGACCCCCUAGCGAUGGCUGGGCCCCAGCACAGGGCGGCGGCGGCAGCUGGUAA